GCAUCCAAGCUCGAGGCAAGACUUUCACCAUCCAGCUCAGAAGGAUUUGGAUCAUUGAGAGAGAGAGAUAGAGAGAGAUCAUCAUCGACGCAUAGCCGAAGCGUCAAGUCAAAAGUGCUCAAAGAGGAUUUGCGCAGGCAGGCAAGUGUCUGAGUCGGGAGUUGAGCAGCUGAGCUCUCAAAAGGACAAAGAGAGAGAGGGGAGCGCUUGUAGGACGUUCAAUUAUUCUGGACCCAUCAUUAAGCCCUACUCGGGGAGGAUUUGGACCUUGAUCCCCUUUGCAUGCGCCUUUUUCGUCAAAGUACAAGUGGGAGCUGCUGCUGCUUCAAAAGCUUUGCGAAAGGACUCUGCGCAUCCACGUGGAUCCUGUGCAGACCAGCCUCACCAUCCGCACUAGCACCUCCUCUCACGCCGACUCGUAGCCCUACGCCUCGUCUUCAAUCCACAAUGGCGCCCAAGAAGCCUUCCUCAUCUGGUGGUGGGGCCAGCAAGAAGAGCGGCGACAAGGACGGCGGUGCGAGGGUGAUGUAUUGGUUCAGGACGGAUUUGAGGUUGCACGAUUCGCCGGCUUUGCAAGCUGCGUUGGACCUCAAACCUCAAGCUUUCUUUCCCCUCUGGUGCUGGGAUCCAAAUUACAUCUACAAGCAUCGGGUAGGCAUCAACCGAUUCAGGUUCCUGCUCGAAUCCAUGUCUGCUCUCUCUUCUUCCCUACACUCGCUCAACCCCCUCAGUCAGCUCCUGGUGGUUCGCGGAGAUCCCUGCGAUUUGUUGCCAGAGCUGUUCAAACGUUGGGGCAUCACCCACCUCGCAUUUGAGCGCGAUCCAAACGACGAGUACGUUCGACAGAGGGACGAUCAAGCUCGCAAGGAUGCGAAGGCGAACGGGGUAGAGGUAUUGGAUGGCUAUGGCCAUCAUCUGUACGAUAUUCGAGAGGUGCUAAAGGCGCACAACAACGAACCUACAUUGACGCUCGGCGCGCUCCAAAGUGCCGUUUCCAAAUUCGGAGAUCCUGCAAAGCCCAUCGACGCGCCCAAAAGCAUUCCGUCACCAUUGUUGAAGGACGAUGUCGCUUCUCCACCGCAAGACAUUAAGGAUCUCUUGCCCAAAUUGCUCAAAUCGCUAGAGGGACUUCCAGAGUACUCAAAGAAGAAGGGACCAGAGUAUGAUUUGAAUUCGCACGAGCUGGGCGGUCAGAGAUCCACGGGAGAAAGUGGCAAAGUGACUUGCUACGACUCACUCGUCGGUCCAGAUGCGAGCGAGUCGAUCAAGUCGACAUUCAGCGUACCUACGCUCGAGUCGUUGGGCAUGGAUGCCAAGGCUGCUAGAGUGAGCGUGCCCUCGCUGAUUCCAGGCGGAGAAGCGGAGGGCUUGAAAAGAUUAGAACGCGUGAUCAAGGAUACAAAGUACAUUGCGACCUUUUCCAAGCCCAAGACGUCGCCCUGUCAGGAUACGUCCGAAGCUAGCACCACCCUCCUCUCGCCUUACCUCAAAUUCGGAUGCGUAUCGGUCAGAAAAUUCUGGUGGGAUGCGGUAGAGGCGAGCAAGCAGUAUAAAGGGGCGGGCAAGACGAGUCCGCCGGAAAAUAUUCAGGGACAAUUGCUUUUUAGGGAAAUGUACUCGGUUGCGGAAGCUGGCGUGGGCGAGACGUACAAGCGCGUGCAUGCAAACCCCAUCUCUAGAUACAUCGAUUGGUACUUGCCAACAGUGUACGACUCCAAGGGCAAAGAGAUCAUCCCUCGACCUGCUGGCGACGCAGCUAGCGAGGCGCGCUAUGCCGCGUUUGUCGAGGCGCGCACAGGCUUUCCUUUUAUCGAUGCAGCGGUCAAGCAGCUCAAAACGACUGGUUGGAUCCAUCAUCUGGCGCGUCACUCUCUCGCCUCCUUUCUGACCCGAGGACAAUGCUGGAUCUCGUGGGAAAGAGGUGCAGAAUUUUUCGACGAACAUUUGAUCGAUUGGGAUCCUGCCAGCAAUCCUGGCAACUGGAUGUGGUUAUCAUGCAGCGCCUUUUUUCAUCAGUACUACAGGGUGUACGGAUUGGCCACUUUUCCACAAAAAUACGAUCCUAGCGGAAGUUUGAUCCGAAAGUAUUGUCCGGAGCUGAAGGAUUUUCCGGACAAGCACAUUUAUGCUCCUCAUACCGCUCCGCUCGAAGUGCAAAGGAAGGCGAAGUGCGAAAUAGGCAAGGAUUAUCCUGCACCUAUAUUGGAUGAGAAGAAGGAAAAGGAGCAUUGCAUCGCUAGGAUGAAGGUGGCUUACGCCAAAGGAUGGAGAGGAGAUGCCAAAGAGGUGCUGGAGGGCAAAGCGCAGGAGAUUUUGAGAAAGGAACAUGGCGUACCUGAUCCGACGUUGCCGGAGGGGUACAAGGCGCAGGAGAACAAGGACAAGAUUCCCAAGUGGGCUCAACGCAAGGAGGAAGAUGAUGAGGCGCAGAAGAAGCAGGGUGGAAAGAAGCGCAAGGGAGAGAAGGAUGAGGAGGAGGAUCAUAAAGCAUCCGACACAUCCACCAAAACUUUGUCGAAAAAGGCAAAAAAAUGAGGUCCAGCCCCCUCGACCGAGUCGAUUGAUCAGCUGCGGGACGAAUAGCGCUCGUGCGGGAUCAGCAACGCCCUGACUUGCUGUCCCCAUGGGCGAGCGUCGCGCCAAAGAAAUUGCCUGCCGACUGCUGCUGCAUUUCAAAUGCGGCUGACUCGCAUGGCAAGUCUGUCUUACGACUUCAGCUUACGCGAAUCAUCAUCACAAUCGGUCGCACGACCCUCGAUUUGACUGCGUGUAACGAUAUGACUUGCGAAUGCGAUGAUGGGCUUUACGUG